AUGUCCACCAAGCUUAUAAACCACUGCCACUGUUGUUCAUAUUUUCCUCAGGGUAAGAUUGCUUUCUUCCAACUCAUAAACACAAUAUCGUAUGAACUUCAGGGGAACUGUUCCUACAAGUUUUUGGGGCGCUACUUUGCCGAGUACAACUACGUCGGGUACCUGAAGAACCUAUCCUUCGCCAACGUCCUCUCCAAUUAUAUCUUGAAGCUGUCAAACACGGGCAUCAUCCCCAAGCUGAUGAGGAAGUGGUGGGGGAACACAUACACCUGUGCCCCUGACAACGCCUUCCAGCAUCUCGGGUUCUCCAAGACGGUCUCUGCUUUCGUCCUCCUAGGUGUCGGCAUCUUCUCCAGCUUUAUUGUCUUCCUCAUUGAGAUUACACUGAACGGUUUACGGUCAAUUCGCCCACAAGUCCAUUCGCCCACAUUUUGAGUUUAUUCGCCCGCACGUAGGAGUCGGUUCACCCACACCUGAAGUCAGUUCGCCCACACUUUGUCAAGUUCUACUUAUGUUUAUUCAUGUACAAGAUAACAAUGUAAUAUAUAUAAAUUAAGUCUCGGGUUGUUUAAUGAGUUACUUUCAAGUAUAAAAACCUAUAUAAGAUACACAAACAAAAAAGUUUUAAAAUGUCAAUGAUAGAAGUAACUGAAUGGAUUUAGGAUGUUUGGUCACAUAACAGCUGCUGACUGGUCCAUUGAGAUGGGCGCGAGCUCUCCUCUCGUUCCUCAAGUAUUCGUCCCAAAGAGCAAAUAUUUUGGCCUGCAACUCGUGAUACUUUCUUCGCUGGAUCCUUCGGAGCUUCUUUUCUGAUACCAGUCUUAUGUACAGAGGUUAGUCUGGCCUCUUUGUGGAGAAGGUUAACAAGCAGAUAAAACUGAAGGUGGCAUCUUCCGGCAGCACGUUUAUUCAGUCGGUUGUGCCAUCCUUCAAUGUCAUUAAUGGUACGCACGGACCGGUUGAAAAUACUCCAGCUGGAUGGUGGCCAUGUGGAGCUGUGGAUCAUGUUCUUGAUAUAUAAUCUACCAUAGUUUGUGGUGGGGCUGUGGUGGGUUGGCGGUCUCAGGCCAGCGGAUGUCCUCCCUUAAUUAACACUAACCUGGGUGUGUCUACUGUAGACCGGCUUGUUUGUUCAGGUGUCAGGAGUACUGGCUGUAUAGCAGUUCCUUGAAAUGACAAGGUCAUAACGCCGGCUGGAGGCUAGAACUCUUCCCUUUCUGAUCGUGACCUCUGUUAGGUCAGGUCUUAAUCUCACCUUAGUCACUGUAGGGUGGGUCAGCUUACGUGGGUGAACACCUGCUCCCCUAGUUGCUGCUGUGUCUGUUAUUCUACUGGUUUGGAUGCUUUGGUCUGAUAGAUAAACAUUAUAAGUUCUUUACAUUAAUACAUUACUAAACCUAAUUAAAACGGGUAACAAAACAGGUGUGGGCGAACCUACUCCAAAGUGUGGGCGAAAUGACUGGAUUCCCCUGAACUACUUGUGGCCGUGUAGACCCUUAAGGAAUUUUCUCAUGAAAAAGAAGGCCAAAGCAAGCGAAUAAAGCGACCGGAGAAGGACAUCAAGGACCUUAUCUUCGAUACCUAUCUCAAGCACUUGCCCGCCGAGAUUUGUAAUUAGUGAUGCCUUCACCACCCGGAGUCGGAGCAACGAAGAAUGACGAAAAUGAUUCCGGGACUUAGAAA